AGGCUGCCUCGAUAUUUUCAAAAAAUUUAAGGCGCCGAGCAAGCAAAUAGGCGGCCGCUUUAUGCUAACAUUUUCAAAUAGUCUAAACCCUAGAUUACUCUUCGCCGCUCAAUCUUCCCUUAUCUCAUCUUCACAAUCUUCUUCCCAUUUUCCCAAAAUCAAAACCCACCACACAAAAAAUCCCACUAGCCAAAAACCGCCAUACGCAAUGGCCAAAAAGAAGCUGACCCCGCAAGUACAACAACCCGAAACCAACAUACAAGAGUUAAAGGAAGAAAACAAUCAGUCUAAAGCAAUGGAAGAAGCUUCUGAGAAACUUGAAAACCUCAAGAACUUGAACAGCAUGCUUUUGAGGGAGACUAUUGAGAAACGGCAACAGAUGGACUCACUCGUACAGGCGAAAGAGUGUCUGGAAUCGGAACUGAAAAGGGCCGACUCGGAGAAGAGUGAGUUGCUGACCGAGUUGACUCAGUUGACUGAACAGGUUAUUCAGCUGGACAUUGAGAAGAAGUUGGUGUCUGUGUUUGUUGCUGUGCAGGUUGGGUACUAUGUUGAGGUGGUUGAGAAUGAGAGGGAUGGGUUGCGUCAGCAGAAUGAUGGGGUUGCGGCGAAGCUGAAGAGUGUGGAGGUAGAAAUGCGCGAUGUUUUGAGAGAGAAAGGUGAGAUGGAGAAGCUGUUGAAUGUUAAGGAGAGUGAGAUUGAUCACCUUAAGAAGAAACUGAGUGAUGUUGGUGAUGAGAUUGCGAAUGAGAGGAGUGUUUACGAGAGGAUUUGUCUGGAGAAGGAUGAAAUGAAAAUGAAGCUCGACGUGCAAGUAGAGGAAGCGAAUGAAUUGAGAGUGAGAUUGGUUGAAACUGAGAAACGAGAGAAGGAGGUUGAGGUUGAACUAGGGAAGUUAAGGGUUGAAUACGCUGCUGUCAAGAAGGAAAUUGAGGACAGAGAAAGCAAGAUUGAGUCGAUUGUGAGAGAGAAGGAAUUGGUUGAGAAUAGCCUGUUGGAUUCGAAUAAAGUGAUUGAAGAACUGAGGGGACAGAUUGAUGUGGUUGUUAGGGAAAAAGAAGGGAUCGAAGUGGAGAGGAGCACGGAAGUGAAGAAGAAUGGUGUGUUGCAAAGCACUGUCGCGGGUCUUAAUGAUAUGGUGCUGAGCUUGCAAAAGGAGGAGAUGAAAUUGCGUGAUAAUUUGGCGGAGCUGGAGAAGAAGUGUUUGGAAGGAUUAAGGAAGGAGGAAGAGAUGGAGAGAAAGAUGAAUGAACUUGUCAAGGGAAGCAAUGAGAAAGAGAUUAAAGUUGAAAGCUUGAUUGAAGAAAAGGGUGUUGUUGAGAAGGAAUUGGACGAGGCAUUGAAGCAAUUAGAUGAAGAGAAGAAGAAGAUUGAGCGAGCGGUUACAGAGAAGAAUGAGAUGGAAGAGGCAAAAGUUAAAAGGGAGACUGAAAUUGUUGAACUGCAGAAACAAUUGGCUAAAUUCAAGGAUGUUGUUUCUGAAUUAGAGGUAUCUCGCAAUGGUCAGGAAGAGAAGUUGAAGAAUUUGGAAUCUGAAGUUGGUAAGUAUAAGGCUGCACUCGAGCGAGUUACUCUUGAGAAGGAUGAGAUGCAAAAGCGAUUUGUCAAUGAGGAACAGAAUGGUGUAAACAUGAAGAAACAGAUUGAAGAAAUGGAGGAUCACAUUAAAAAAAUUGCAAAGGAGGUUGAGCAAACCAAGGCUGAUUACCACGAUGUUGUCAGAGAAAACAAAGUGUUGGAAACCCAAUGUCAAGUGUUGAACAAGGAAAUUGCUAGUGUACAAUCCUCACUUGACGAAGCACAGAAGGAAAUUAGUGCUAUGCAGUGCAAGGUUGAGUUGGCAAACAGCAAUUCCGAGGAAAUCUUGAAUGCUUUGAGGACUGCUGUAGGUUCAGUCUGCUUGGAUGGUGAAGGUGCAAAUGUCAGCGUGGUUGGUGAAAAACAAAUGAAUGGGGAAGAUGUCAAGCCUUAUGAACCAGAGCUGGAGGCCAUCAAGAAUGCUAUCAAGAAUAAAGAGAACAAAGUUGAGGAGAUGCAGAGACAGGUUGAGUUCUUGCGGUUUUCAGAAGCUAAAGCACUAAAAAAGAAGAAUUUCUGGACCAUGUUAUCUUCAGCAACAACACUUGUUGCUGCAAUGUCUCUUGCGUAUGUUGCUCGUGGCCAUUGAGUAAGGGAGUUUUAUUCGAACCGGUAACGACAAGUCCGAAGAAAUGACUUGAGUUUUGGUCCCAUAGUUUACCUCUAAAAAGGCACAUGAUUUUGCUAGUAUCGUGCCUAAGCUCGACAAUCUGACUGCUAUUAGCUUGUUUCAACAUCAUAUGCAACAAUCUAUGACUGUUUUUGUCAUCUUUCCAUAUGAAAUAAUAUGAAAUCCCUUUAGUUUCCAAAGUAAGUACUGGAUGUUUUUAUGUUUCCAAUAACAAGUAUGCCUCAGUCCAAAGAUUCUUAUUCAUGUCAAAGAGAUCAACGAUUUAAAGUUUUUCUACUUCAAAGUUAUUGAA